AGCAGUAUAAUCCACUACGCUAUACUUACAGGGUUACUGCGCCUGUAAAUAUAUACACCUGGAACUUGAAGUUAACAUUCAGCAAUAAACAGUAAACACUCAAUGUAAAUAGUAAAAAUUAAGAAUAGUAUUUUAAAAACUUGCUAUUCUGUAAUCUGUACUGUAAGCAGAACGCCUUGCAAGUUAUAUGCUGUGAACUGAAACAUGUGAUAUGCUACAAGUUUACACCGGAGCAGGUUGAAAGGUUUCUAGCUUCCCUAGAUACAGCCAGUGCUCCUAGUGAUACAUCCUACCAGGAGCGGGGCUCCUAGUCCUAGCAUUACAGUUUUCUCUCUCUCUCCUUCUCAUACUCGUUCGGGUCCUAGGAAACCCAGCUGUAACAAGAACUGGAUGAUUCCAGUAUUCAUCCUACCAUUUCAAAGAACGUGUUUAUACCAUACAGUAUACACUGUAUAGUCAAUCUUGUUUCUGCUCAAUUCAAAACCAGGAUUUGAAUAUCUCAAGUCCGAGCGUCAGAAUCAAGGAUCAUGGUUUACUCACAUAAACCUGCUUCGUUCCACCAGUCUCCUUCCCUACUCCAAAGUUCUGCUAAAUCUUCUUAAAUCGUUUUGUAAUUAGGUGAUUACGCUGGUUUUCUGGUGAUGGUAGAAGCACUUUUACUUUGUUUCUUGAUGCAUGCCCGCUGAAUUAGAUUCUAUGCUCUAAAGAAUAUCUGGAGAACUAAUUUUCAUGUAUCCUCUAGUAUGCCUAAAGAUUUAGAUUCUAUGAUGUGCCUUGAAGUAUAACUAGAUCCUGAGAAAUGCAUUUAGAAAAGUAAUCCCGGAGAAAUAUAGUAGUUAAGAGAUGAAUUCCACAAGUUGUGUAUUCUGUAACACAAAUGAUCAUGCCAGCACUAAGUGUCCUCUUAUCUGUAAGCUAUGUCAGAACUGGGGACACAGAACUAUCAGCUGUCCUCUGCUUAUCUGCAAACAUUGUAAACAACAAGGACAUAUCAGGACUAAAUGUCCACUGCUCAAGGAACAGAAGGACAAAGGUUUGAAAUUACCCAAAGCAAAUCUUCCAAAUCUACCAAAUCUUCCACGGCCUGAACUAAACGAUAAGAAAGGCAUCCAAGGAUGUCUCUCGGUCAAGAAUUUGCAGGUUCAUGCAUUCUCAGUGGAUGAUUCUUCAAGCCCUGAUACAACUUCCAAACCCUUUCUUUUUAAUUCCUCACCAGCCAUACUUAAACUGCCUGAGCCUAAGGCUGAUCUCAAUGCCAAUACUAAAACUCUUGAUCAAAACCCAGCUCAGGGUUCUUGCAGAAACAAUAAAUCACAAAAAAAAUCUAGUCCUCAGCAGCAUUGCCCAUGCAAAUCAACAGUGUUCGAAGUUGUUUGUAAAUCCUGCCCCACAUUCAAUAUCUUCGCUCAAGAAGAUGUAAUGAUCACAGAUUCUGAAGACUUUGGUGGAGAUUUAACUAUUCUUUGUGCUGUUCAAAAUCUUCCUAAGAAUAACAAAUCCGUAAAAAUAUUCAAAGAUUCCAAAUAUUCACUGAAUGGGAACGGUUUUAUAUCGUCUCUCUCGGUAGAUGGAAAACUUUUCCUCACUCUGAAACUAUCCAAACCUGAACUGGAGGAAACAAGGUUCAGUGUGCACAAGGGAGACAGGAUAGCACUGUGCCAGAUCUCAGAUCUAACUCCACCUCCAGAACCUAAAUCAAAGGCAGAUGUAUCAGUCGUUGACGAUGUUCAAAUUCCUCCAGGUCAGAUCAGAACCGUUAAACUAAGAUUGUUGGAUUUUGAAUAUGUUUCCAACGUGAAACCUGAAAUCUUGCUUCUUCACUUUUCAACACAAGUUCCUGAGCGACCUAAUCUUGUCAUAAAAAAAGGACGUGUUUCACUACAAGAAGGAAACAUUUUCCUUCUUCCAAUUCACAAUAAAUCCGAAGUUCGCGUAAUUCUGAGGAAAGACCUGGAAUUCGGUCUGGUUGAACUUUAUUUCAAUUCCAAAAUACCAAGAUUUGAGAAAAAUUUCAUCAUUGAUCCCUCACCUCUGUUUCCUCAAACAUCUGUAGAUGCAGAAAAUGAUAUUAAAGAUGAGAGUGGUGAUUCCACUGCCAUUUUUACAGCCGAGUCUAAUACUGAUGAAUAUACAGAACCAUUAAAAUCUGAAGUGCACCUGGAGAUCAAGAAACCUUCAGCGCAAGGCCAGAUCGAGAAGAAGAACGAACUCUUAGUUUUUGUCUCCCUUCAGCUGUUUCAGGUUGGACAUGGGAACUCUCAAACCACAGAAACUAAAACUAUAUCAGUUCAAGUUGAAGAUGAAUUCAAGAGUUUUUUUGUAACUCCCUUGUCUUACAUUAAACGCUACAAUUCUAAAGAGCUUGUCAAUCAUGGAUACCGGCUAAUAGAAAAUUGCUACUUUUUUGAUGGCAUUGAGAAGCAUAAAACUCUUCACCUCAAAAGUGUUAUUAGAGAAAUUGUAGAUCUUGUAACAGGAGUUCAAUCUUCCACUGGCAUUUCAAACUCUAAUUCAUCUUUAGUUUUUAGAGACCGAAAGGAGUAUGAAUCUUUCUUGACGAUCAUCAAACAGUUCUCGGUUAAUGAAUAUAUCAAAUCAAUAAUUACAAGGAUAUAUUUGACCAAUGAUGUUUUGGUUCAGUACUGGCCAUCCCCAGAACAUCCUAAGGAAUUCAAUAGUAUCGCUAAGACUGUUCUGAACCAUCCAUCAGCUUUCUACGAAGUCCCCUCCACUCCCUUUUCUGGCACUAAUUUAACUAAAAUGCCUUUGAUAUCUAUCAAUCUACCCAACCCUGUGAAGAAUCCUUCCUUGAAGAGACAGAUUGAGAAGGAACCACAGAAAAAGAAAAGAUUAAAGACAACUGGAUCAUUAUACAAAGAGAAAUGUUGCUGUUAUUUAAACCCUGGAUAUAAGGGUAUAAUGAUGUGUCUAGUUCAUCCUCCACUUAGUAUCAAAUCCCUGGUUGAGAUUCAAAUACAACCUAACACCUUGGAAACUAUCCUGUGCAAGAUAGAAUACCCCUACCCUUCUAAAGAUCCGCAUAUACCUAGCAGUAUCAAGGUGUUUCCACUUAUGUCUGAUCAACCUUCCUCAUUUUCUCUGGUUUUGUCCAAUAAACCAAGGAUUGCGUAUGAUGGUAUGGUUUAUCUCAUUCUACGUAAUUUGGGAUGUAAACCGCUAUUAAUUGAACCAGGGACAGAAUAUGCUCUAGGGAAUGAGAUUCUACCAAGAGGAAUUGAUUUCAAAGAACCCUUGAUUCAGGAGCAUGUUGCUUUGUUAAAUCACCCUCCUGCUAUACUUGAUGAUGAAGAAACAAGCAUUGUUCUCUGCAAACCAGUUCCACCUCUACCUCAAGGUACACUAGUUGCAGUUAGAAACAUUGAAACAAACUCAUUCUUCUCUGUCAAUGGAAUCUACACCGUUCAAGAGUCUGGAAAACUUCCCAUUAAGAUAAAGAAUUUAACCAAGUUGAAGAUUUCUCUAAGUUCAGAUCAUAUUGUCGGACAUAUAGUUACUCUUAUGGACCACUCAGGAAUGUGCUUUGUUCAAAAUCCAAUAUUUGAAAGUGAUAACAUGAACUCUUUUGAUAUGGAGAAGCUAGAGGGAUUGAAGAACUGUAUUAAACUCAGAGAUGCAGUAAGUCCUUGCUCUCAUGCUGAAGCAAGUAGUGGAGAAGAAUGUCCCAAAUGUCCUAUGUUUCAUAUCUUCUCAGUAUGUGAGAAAACUAUCCCAAGUAAAGGAACUGGUCUUAUUGUUGGCAUCAUGUGCAUGCUGGAUAAUUUUCCUGAACUAAACUUUGGUACAAGCAGAGAGAAUUUUUUGAAAAUCUUCCCUGAGCCAAAGUACUCUGAACAAGCUACACCAAUUCUCAACCACUUUGUGAGAAUUUACAACAAUCAGUUUGUUUGUGUAAAUGUCCUCAAUGAUACUCAGAAUGAAAUCACUAUUUCUGAAAACUCUCUUUUGGCUACAGCACAAACUUUUAAACUGGAUAAAAAUAUUCCCAUACAGAGAAUAGUCCGGUUUCAUCAGUGUGAGAAGGUCUCAAUUAAACCUGGAGAAACUGAGCAGGUCCAGUUCAGUCCUACACCAAGUAUGGAGAGAUUCUUCCUUGAUGUUUCCUUGACCAAGCUAUUAAUUCUGACCUCGGAAAAUCUCGGUUUAUCUAUCGCACAAACUCCAGCAAUGGUUGAAUCUGAUUUAACCAUGAGGGUCAUGGUUACAAACAACAGUAGUAAAAUAAAGGUUUGUAAAUCUUUAGAACUCGACGCUUAUUUCAAUGCGUUCAAUCUGAAAGAUAUGACCAUACCAAACUUCAUCCCUGUUCUUCCUGGCAAAAUGGAAAAUCAUGCAGACAGUGUAAUUCAUCAUAGGAUAAAGUAUUCGUAUCGACUUAAAAAUAUAAAUAAGUUCAGUUUAAAGCCACGCCAAGUACUUUCAGUCCUAACUUUAGUUGAAGAUUUGCCAGAGUUUUGUAGGAGCAUCUCUGUUCUUGGUGAUUCAAAGUUUUGUGAAGAACAGGGGUUGUCUUUAAUACCGUCCAGGCAGCAUGUGUUUUGCAGACAGUUUGUUUUUGUAACCUUUAAGAAUACUUCUGAUAAGCAAAUCAAUAUUGAGAACCAGGACUUGACGGUAGCUCUUGGUUUCCCUCUACCAUAUGAAUCUAAAUGCCAAUUUACAUCUGUUGAAGUUAAGGUCUCUGCUGACGUUGAAAUCAAAGCCAAAGAAGAUCUGAUAUUAAACUGCUAUGCAAGUUUUAAUGAUGACGAGGAUGAGAACGAGGAGAUGAAUACAGUAGUUUCUCUUGCUGAACCUACUUUUGAGAAGGUUGAUAUUACAAGUGUAGUGGAAACCAUGCACUAUGAGAGAGAUACUGAUACUACCAGAAUAAAACUUGAAGUAUCAAACUCUAGAGACACAGAAAUCAAACUCCAAUCUGGGGAAACUAUCUGUAAAGCCUUUCCAAUGAUGUCGGAGCCAUUUGUAAAACAAAUACUGAAGAUUUCUAAUUUUGAAUUCAAUUUGAAUAAAGGAUCGUUACCUGUUCAAAAGAAGGUUGUAACAGCUGGCAAAGAUGGUAAAGCUGUUUCUCCUGGUUCAAGAAUAAGCUGUUCUGUCUGCAGAAAGAUUACACAUUGUGUGAAGUGUACCUCAUGUCCCCUGUAUCCUGUUUACACCGUUGGAGAUGUCCAGCUUCUUGGCAAUGGAGCAGUUACAGUUCUAGUACGGUCUGAGUUUCCUCCAGAUCUCCAACCCAAGUUUGUUCAAACCUUCACAUCUUCUCAAUUCCACAGCACAAAGAUUGCCAACAAGAGUCUUGGGAUCAGUAAGAAGACUGUAAGAAAAAUAUUCAAUUCUCAGUAUUUCUUUCUCACAAUUUUCUUCUCAAAGCAAGAAAAAUAUUCAGGAUUUAUGAUUAAAAAGGGAUUUCAUAUUGCUGACUGUCAACUGAGAAGAAAGGCUGCUUAUCUUGACUCUGUAUGCUGUGAGAUGGGAGAGGAUGAGAUACUACCAGCUUUUCUUACCUGUGAGUUGAUCCUUAAACCCGGAGAGAGCAGAAAUGUUGAGUUUCAAAUCAAGAAUGACAAAGGUUUCCAGAAUAAGGAGAAUACUUACCAGCUCUACAAAAUAUUGGAUGUUGACAAGUUGAUGAUCAAGGUUUCGAGCAGAUUUUGUACAAGCAAGGGUUUAAGGAAGACCAUCAUCAAUAUGACCAAUGAGAGUAGUAUUGAUAUUCAAAUGAAAGGCAAAUGCCCUAUAUUGUACUUGUCCAGUGUAAUGAACAGUUCUGGUUGUAAUGAGAUACUGGAGAUGGAAAAAUCAAAACUUGAACCAAGACAUCCUGAGAAUCUCUUAGAUUUGGUCUACAGCUAUUGCAAUUGUCUGAAUGAACGUAUCUCUGUAGAGCAAUGUUUACACUGUGAACCUGUUCCUAUCCUAGCAUCCUCCAACACCUACCUGAGUCAAGGUGAAGUAUACACCAUUCUCUGUAAAAUGGAGCUCCCCACCCAGUUCAAGAACUUCAAGCACUGCAUCCUCAGUUCAACUAAAUACAAUGUUUUUUCAACCCAAAGGGAGAUAUUUAACCAGGAGUAUGUGUUUGUAACAAUAAAACCAACCCAAUCUGUCCUAUUGUGUAAAGGAUCUGUAGUAGGAGGAGCAGGUAUACGAUCCAAAUCUUCAAUUCUUAAGAAACUCUCAGCUAAGGAGCAUCCAGUAUACCUGGAUACAAGCCGUAUUCUACCUCUUAAACCCGGAGUAUACACAGAUGUUAGACUAACAAUCCCAGAAAUGCAUGAGCAGUUCUCUCAAACCGCAGAGAACAGGUUUGAACCAAUAAAACUGGUUGCAACCCAACUCCUUCCAAAGGAUCUCUACCUUGAGAAAAUAUCUGGUAUUCCUCCUGGCACCUGCACCUCAUCAGACCAGAACCGUCUCCAGGUGCGGAUAUUCAAUGCAUCCUCCAAGAUUCUUAACCUACCCAGAGAUAGACCUUUGUUCCUUGCUGAAACCUGUUUAUCCCCUGCAGGGCUAAACCUGUACCUGGAUAUGGCAAACAAAGUGCCUGAAGUAAUGAGCUUAGAUUAAUUCUUGUCAUGUUAAAGUUAUACCUUUUUUUGCGAUUUCAAUUUUAUUAAAAAAUAAAAAUAAAUAUUUUUUACAUUUAAA